UACUGUUAGAUUGGCAUGCAUCCUACGCUUUGGUCCUGUGGUAGAAGGCUCCACGGCUUUUGAAAAUGUUACCGUCUUCUCAAAGGAGUUACUUCAGACAGCAGAGGAAGGUUGCAUUAUUCCUCCUUUUGUUCAGUAUUACAGGUGUGUGGUGCAGCCAGGUGGUGGUGCCUAAAAGAGUGAGUGCCGUGCUGGGGAAGAAUGUGACAUUAGAAUGCAGGGUGGAGGUUGGCACAAACCUUACUCUUACUCAGAGUUCCUGGGAGCGCCGUCUGCCUUCAGGCUCUGUCACAGUGGCUGUGUACAACCCGGAGUUUGGCACCUCCAUCCCUCCAGAAUUCAUCCAUCGUUUGUAUUUCCGCUCACCCUCCUCCCAUGAUGCCACCAUCGUACUGGAAAACGUGGGCUUUGCUGAUGUCGGGAUCUAUACCUGUAAGGUAGCCACAUUUCCUCUGGGAAAUACUCAAGCAUCCACCACAGUCAGUGUACUUGUGGAGCCGAAGGUUUACGUGUCUGCUGGUUCAACUGCACUGAUUGAUGGUGGCAAUGAAACUGUGGUCGCUACUUGCAUCGCUGAGCGAGCCAGACCACCUGCUGAAGUGUCCUGGGAGUCCAACCUUUUUGGCCAGUCAGAGGUGCAGCUAUUUGAUGAACCCAAUGGUACUACCAACACACAAGUGCGUUACAUCUGGCAGCCUACACGUCAUGUUCAGGGCAACACACUCACUUGCGUGGUCCGCCACCCAGCUCUGCAGAAUGACUUCAGGAUCCCCUACCAGCUCAAUGUGCAGUUUGCUCCUGAUAUCUCCGUCGUUGGGUAUGAUGGAGACUGGUACGUAGGCCGGGAAAAUGUUCAAAUGACGUGCAAAGCCAACGCUAACCCGCCAGCUCAUCACUUCAGAUGGAUCAGGUUGGACAGAGAGAUGCCUGAAGGGGUGGAAAUGAUAAACAGCACUUUGCUUUUCCUGCGUCCCCUCCAGCGGAAUGACUCUGGCGUUUACAGGUGUGAGGUUGCCAAUGACAUCAACCUCCGCAGUCGGGAUGUGCGUAUUCUCAUACAAGAUCCUCCCACCAUGCCUUCCACCAUUACCACUCCUGUCCUAACUGGCUUCUCCUCCACUUUUGUGGAUGAUAAAGGCCACGUCCUUCUGAGCUCCCCCACACUUGAAGCCCUUCCCGAAAGUAAUCUUGGUUCCAUAGUGGGUGGGGCCGUGGGAGGGGCCUUAUUCCUCUUGCUGCUGCUGUCUCUGGUUGGUGUGUGUUACCUACGGAAGCAGCAGACCUUUCAUGGGAACUACUACACCAAGCAGUACCUGGGCCCAAAUGAUCUCCAGAAAGCUCCCACUCAGCACGAACUCCAUCCUACCAAAGCUGGCAGCAGAUCUCAGCAUCGGGACCAUGAUCGAGAGGAGUGGGGCGACCGCCAGCUGAAGCAGGAGCGGGACCGCCGCCACCAUAGUGACUAUAACGGAGAAGAGUAUCCUGUUAAUGGGUACACUAGGGCAAUGAGGGAGAGCAGGCGCCACAGUCAUCAACAGAAUCACCAUCAUGAACACACACAGUAUUCUAGUCCACAGCAGGCCAGAUGUGUCAGAUACCCUCAUUCACCCAAACUACAGGGAAACGGCUCCCCCUACAUGUCAGACGACUGCUACGAUAGCGGGCCCGACGGUGAUUAUGUAUCUCAUAAAGAUGGCUCAGUCAUUUCACGCAGGGAGUGGUAUGUUUGACAAGGUACCUAGUUCUGCAGGAACGAAAAAAUGCAACAUGAGUUGGAAAGUUUUGUUUAUCAAAUUAGGGGAAAACACAUUAUUUUCUUCUGUAUGCACACAUACAGUGUGUUUUGUAGUUAACAUGUUUUUUUUUUUGUUUGUUUGUUUUUUUUUCUUUUCAAGCGUCCUGGAUGACACUUGAGAUGUAAUGUAUACAUUUCUGUUUUGAGUGUGGGCAGCCUGUGGACGGUGCGUGUGCGGACUAACAAAAGAGCCGAUGUAUGUGUUGUCUCAGCCUUACAACAUGGACUGCUACAGCUGAUUGAAUAUAACUAAUGUGUUACUGAGCAGAAGCCCCGGUGGCUUUAAGAUCACGCACGAUUGUCUGAGAGAAGAGUUUUUUUUCACAAACUCUGCCUUUUGUGUUCAUGUUGCUUGUACUCAUUUGUUUAAAUGAACUCUGGCCUCUUAGUGCAAUUAGAUGAUGUCAUGUAGUUAUUGCAGGUAAAUCCAUAAAAUUCAGAUGGUCAUUUUUCUUCAGUAAGACACAGCUGAGCCGCCGUACAUCAGUUUAUUUAAAACAGGAUUUGUCUUCCUGAGAAAUCUGAAUUCCAUUUUGACUAAUUACCUAAACACACUCUUGGUCAUAAGAUUUAUUGAACUGCUGUUUUUGCAGGAUUUUGUAAUGGAUUGCUGAGUCAUCAGACCUUUUUUGUUUUGUACUAAAAUCUUAGGUAAAUCGCAAUGGAAGAACUGAGCUUGAGGAGUUGACCAGUAAGGUUUUGGCACAUUUUGUGUAAACCUUGUGAGCGUUUCUCCUGCUUGUCCUCAGCUCGUCUUUUAUCCCAGUGAUGAGAGAGCAGGCAGGAGGGCUACAUGAAUGGGGCACAGUCUGCUGUGCCAGCACACUGGGUUUGUCAUAUCGGUCAAGCCUUGAAGCCUGGAAAAAUAUUUCUCUAGUUUAUCAUUUUUAUUAGAACUUAUGUAAGCUGCUGGUUUUUGGGAAGAGUUUCAGGUUAAACAUUCCCUUUAGUUAACCACAUUAUCAUGUUGUCUAUCGGAUGAUAAUGGAUCUCUUUGAGAAGUUUAAGCCUGGCACUAAACCAGGACUCUUGGAAUUUCAAGAGCGCCAUCAGCAGGGGCAUUGUUUAAAGAGGCUACUGUAUGGGAGCCACCGUAAGCUGGCCUCUUAGUAUUUUGUAGCACAGAGAAACCAUGCAGCCAGUACACACUACCACACUCAACCACGUUGGACUGUUUGUCUACUGUGAGUAAUCUAUAGAAACAAGACAUGACUGUGUCACAGAUCUGUGACAUGUAUUGUUUGGAGUGUGCGGCCGCAUGCUCAGAUAUUCACCAUUUCAUUUACGAUUUAAACAUUUGGUACUCAAAAAAAAUUUUUUUUUUUAAGUGUUAUGUAGUUUUUGUAAUGGCUGUGUUGUCACUUUCACCUGUGAUUAUCAGCACUUUUGACUAAACUCCACAGCACAGGAGUUGGAGACAAUAUUUUGUUGCCAUCAUCAUUAAAUCUUUAACACAGUUAUCCUUUGAGUAGCUAUUAAAUGAUAAUGACACACCCUAUGAUUUUUCUUUUCCCCAAAAACAUGUUUUAUUCAUUUAGAACCAGUCACCUUUUAUUGCCAAUCAGGACUCUCAAAAAUCACAUGCCAUACCAAGAACUGUGAUUAAACUGCGGAGAAAGCAUUGUACGUGUUAGUGUCAUUGGGCUCUGCAGCCCCAGUAGUUCAGGAAUCAAACAAAGCUAUAAUGGAUUUAAAGGUAAACUUAGGUUUUUGUAGAAACGUAAAAAUUAGAGUAUUUUGGCACAUGUUCACCAGACUGCAUGGAAGAGAUCUGACUUUUCUUUCAUAUACACUAGAUGUGAAUACUUGCCAACUUUAGUAGUAUGGUUACUUAUACAGUAUUUUCUGCCAGAUGCCAAAUCUUUGUUUAACUUGUGUAUAUAUAUGACGAUGACAGUGUCUCACAUUCGUAUUACCGACUAGAUAACAACUGAUAAUUAGCUUACUUAAAUGACUAAUGCAUCACUGUUGUAAACGGGGGUUUUGUAGCCCGAAAUAGGGGGGGGGGAGGAAGAUGCUUUAACAUUAGAGUAACAGUUGUCAAAAUCGAAGCUAGUUAGGUUAUAAUGAACCUUCACAAAUUCUGUCAGGGUGUGAAUUUUGUGCAGUGGAUCGGCUGCAGUUGUCGUCAUGAGAUUUGAUAAUGCGCCACUGUAACUAUCAGUCUGAGACUCUGGCCCCUGACUGUGUUUCAUGUUGUUUUUGAAUGCUGUACAGUAGAAGUAAUUUAUAGACUGAAGGUGCACAUUUCUAUGACUU